ACGGGGACCACCGUCACCUUCACCCUCCACAUCCUCUCGAGCUCUUCUCUGAGCCCUUGGUGAAUAAGUGUGGCCUGUACGUGCAGCGUGUACGGACCUGCAGCAGGAGAGGAGUUAAAAGGCAUCACUCUGAGGAGCUGUGCAGGAGUUUUUCCAUCAGCUGCAGCUUUCGGAUCUGAUUUCAGGAUUCACACAACAUGAGGAACGGAUGGAUUUCAGUCUGCGGGCUUCUGUUUGCUGUCUGCGCCGUCCAGGCGACCUACAGAUACUACUCGAUAAUGCGUUGUGAGUGCAAUGGGAGAUCUCAGUACUGCCUGCACGACGCGUUGGGUCUGCACUGCGUCGACUGUCAGGGAAACACGGAAGGCCGCCACUGCGAGCGCUGCAAGGGCGGCUUCUACCUGCAGGGGGCGGGGCAGAGCUGCUCGCCCUGCCGCUGCAACCCCACAGGUUCUGUCAGUAAGUCAUGUGACAGCACGGGGCGCUGCAGCUGUAAAGAAGGCGUCACAGGAGACAAAUGUGACCGCUGCCCCAACGGACCAAUCGGACCUGACGGCUGCCCCCAAAGCCGUCAGCCCAGGCAGGAAUCUGAGAGUCUGACUCUGCCGUGUUUCUGUUACGGCCACAGCAGCCGAUGUUCAGCACGAUCCGGUUACUCGGUCCACAAAAUCACCUCCACCUUCACCACCGGUUUGGAGGACUGGAAGGUGGGGACGAUGCAAGGUGAGACUCCAGCCGAUACUCACUUCCGCUGGUCACCGAAACACCAGGACGUGGAGGUGAUCUCCAAAAACAGCCUGCCGGUUUACCUGUAUGCCCCAGACCCUUACCUCGGAAACCAGCUGCUGAGUUACGGCCAGAACCUCUCCUUCUCGCUACGUUUGGACCGCGGCGUCCGAUACCCGUCCGUCAACGACGUGAUCCUGGAAGGUGGCGGCUUAAGAGUCGCUGCCUCUCUGGGUGACCUGCAAUCUGUGGUCCCCUGUGGUCAGAAGAUCACCUACAGCUUCAGGCUGGACGAGCGGCCCGGCAGCAAGUGGAGGCCUCAGCUCUCCGCCCUGCAGUUCCAGACGCUCCUGCAGAACCUCACAGCCAUCAAGAUCCGAGCCACGUUUGGAGACACCGGACGUGGCUACCUCGAUGACGUGCAGCUGGUGACUGCACAGCGUGGAGAUGGCGUCCCGGCCCGCUGGGUGCACACCUGCAGCUGCCCGCCGGGUCACGAGGGCGAGUUCUGUCAGCGGUGUGCGCCCGGUUUCAAACGCAGAGACCCCGCAGAUGGAGCCUUCAGCCCCUGUGAGCCCUGCAGCUGCAGAGGAGGCAGCUGCGACCCGCAAACUGGAGACUGUUACUCUGCUGAUGAGACGCCCGCGGAUCAGAGCUGUUCCCAGGGCUUCUACAGAGACCCGAGGCGGCCGGAGACCUGCGUGAGGUGUCCCUGCGCGGACGGUGUGUCCUGCUCACUGGGUCCUGGUUCUCUGGAGCCUCGCUGUGAGAGGUGCCCAUCAGGAACCUCCGGUCCUCGCUGUGACGUUUGUCAGGAAGGUUAUUAUGGCGACCCCCUGGGUACCGGAGGUGUGCAGCGUCCCUGUGUACCCUGCCACUGUAAUGGUCACAUCAACGUCAGAGUGCUGGGAAGCUGCGACCGCAACAACGGCGAAUGCCUGAAGUGCGUGAACAACACGAAGGGACGGCACUGUGAGGACUGCGUGAGAGGUUUCUACCACAGGCAGCCCACCGACGCCUGCAAACCGUGUAACUGUGACGUCCAGCGCUCGGAGUCCAAUCAGUGCGAUGCUUCCGGGCAGUGUCGGUGCAGGCCGGGCUUCGAGGGUCUGAGGUGCCAACGAUCCAGCUGCCCCGCCUGUUUCACCCCCAUCAAAGCAAAGAUGGCUGCUUAUGCUGCCAAACUGAGGGACCUGGAGUCUUUGUUCUCUGACAUGGACGGAGGAUUGAAACCAGCUAAUAAUGCUGAGAUAGAGGCCGCUCUGACAGAAGCUAUGGAGCAGGUGGACGACAUGAUGGAAGACGCCAAGCAACUCACAAGAGUGGAGAAGAGGCUGCAGGACCGCCUGUCGUCCAUCAGCAAGCGGCAGCUGGACGAGGAGCAGGAUCUCCAAAACAUCAAGGACGCAGCCGCUGACAUCAAACGGCAGCAACAGACGUACAAGACGAAGGUGGGGGAGGUCCAGAAGCUGAUGGAGGAGAUGAAAGUCCAGCUGGAGAAGGCCAAAUCUGACCUCAAAUUCACUGAUGUGCCUCAAAGCGACUCUCCGCUGGGUUCAAGCGACCUGUCUUCGCUGGUGAAGACGGCUACCAACCUGGCUAACGAUCAUCAGACGAUCGCAGACACUGUGGAAAAAAAUGCUAAGAAGGCUCUGAGUGACUCGCAGCAGAGUCUGACUCUGGUCAGAAACCUCAUGAACAGAGAGAACAAAGUGAAAGAGCUGAUUGGAGACCUGAAAACCAUGUAUGAACAGACUUCAGCUCAGGUGAAGCGUUUUGAGAACCAAGCGAAACGUCUAAGCAGCGACGCCAUAGAGGAGAGCAAAAUGGCGGACGGCAUGUUGAAAGACAUCGCCAACAUGGAGCAAAACUUCCCCCCAUCUCUGCAGGGGGCGAUUGAUGCGAUGCGUUCCAGGGUGGAUGGAGUGACAGAGGCAAUGGAUGAGAACCUCGCAGGCAUCGAUGCGCUGCAGCAUGGCAUAGUGAGAGACAAGGCUGUCGCUGAGGACCUGCUGGCCAAUGGCAAAGCUGCCCAGAAGGAGUACAACGGCCUCGUGGACAGAGUCAAUGUUGCCAAAGCUGACACAGAAGGAGCCAUCAAACUCAUCAACAGCAAAAGUGAUGAGCUAGAAGAUGCCCUGAAAACCCUGAAAGGCUUCGACCAGCAGAUCGCAGGCAGCAAAACAAAGGCAGACGCUGCCAUCAAGCGUCUCCCUGACAUCAAGACCACCAUCCAACAGGCUGCUGGCAAUAAUAAUGCAACGCUGUCCAUCCUGGGAGAUGUUCAGGACAAUUAUGAUAACGCUCUGGAAAACAUCAACAAGCUGGGGGACUUGGUCACUGGUCUGGAGAGAGAAUUUGCAUCUUUGCCGUCUCAUGACAAUAUACUGAAAGAAGCUACCAAACUGAACAGAGAGGCGACUAACCUGAAAACAACAGCGGGAGGCGUUGUUGGAGAUCUGGCCUCCGAGCUGGAGAAAGCUGAAAACCUGCAUGCUGACGCCCAGGAGGCGUCUUUGGGAGCGGGUGGAGCUUACAACAACGCCAGGCUGGUCAGCGAGGAAGUGCAGAAAACUCUGCGAGAGGUCCAGGGUCUGCUGGCUAAAACCAACCAGUCCACUGCUGUGGAUUUAAAGAAGGUGAAGCAGCUGGAGGACUCGUUGGCCAGUGCUAAGAAAGUUGUGGAGGGCAAUUUGAGCCCCCGACUCAGGAACAUGGAGGAGCAGGAGGCCGCACACGUGCGCCAGCUCAACUCGAUCAACCGCGACAUCGACACCAUCCUGGCAGACAUCGCUAACCUCAGGGAGAUCCUGGCAUCCAUCCCCAAAGGCUGCUACAACAGCCCACCCAUCGAGGAGGCCUAAAGCGUGACUUACUGCCAGUGGACAUCACUUUGUUUUUUUGCACUUUUCAACUACUGACGACCUUCUUUUUGUCUGUAAUACAUAAAAAUAUUGAAUUAUUUAGAAUCCAUAUCUAACGUGCUAACUAGUUUCUAAACCUCUGAGUUUGAAUCUUGCUUUUUAAAAUUUAAAGACAAAUCAUCUCCGAUGUUUUCAUUAAUUUGUCCCUAAAUCUAAACUGUACGACACCUUAAACUCAUCACGUAGGCAUACAUUUGUAAACUGAG